UCGAAUUGCACCCAGACAACUUGAAGAUCGAUACAGAUUUUCUCGAGAGUGUAAAAGCCGAAAAGUCUGAGAGAUUACGAGCUUUCAGAGAGAGAGAGAGAGAGGGGGGAGAAUGGCGGGGAUGGUGAUGAUGAGAAGAGGAGGAGUAAGUGGGAGGAGCUCAGAAGGGUGUGGCACCGGAGAGCAGAACCAGCAGCAGCUCUCGCUGUUGGAUUUUCUCUUGGAAGCUCUGAGGAAAUCAAUGGUGUCUUGCCGGGUGAACCGGCAGGAGGAGGUGGUGAUGUCCACCAUUCAUGCGAUGGAAAUCGGGUGGCCCACGGACGUCCAGCACAUCACCCACGUCACUUUCGACCGUUUUCAGGGAUUUCUCGGCCUUCCCGUUGAGUUUGAGGUUGAAAUCCCCUGUAGAGUUCCCAGCGCAAGGUUUGUAAUCAAUACAGACAUCAGUGUCUUUGGUGUCUCAGCAGAAUCGAUGCAGUGCUCCUAUGAUAACAGGGGCAAUAGUGUCCCAACUAUUCUCUUAUUGAUGCAAGAGCGCUUGUAUACACAAGGUGGUCUGAAGGCGGAAGGCAUUUUCAGAAUAAACCCAGAAAAUGGCCAGGAGGAACAUGUAAGGGACCAACUAAAUAGAGGCAUUGUUCCUCUUGACAUUGAUGUGCAUUGUUUAGCUGGUCUUAUCAAAGCCUGGUUUCGUGAGCUCCCAGCUGGCGUGCUAGACGGAUUAUCACAAGAGCAGGUUCUGCAAUGUAACACAGAGGAGCAGUUUGUUGAGCUUGUGAAACAAUUGAAGCCAACUGAUAUUGCAUUGCUCAAUUGGGCAAUCGAUCUAAUGGCUGACGUGGUUGAGCAAGAAGAAUUAAACAAAAUGAACUCCCGGAAUAUUGCGAUGGUCUUUGCUCCAAAUAUGACUCAGAUGACAGAUCCACUGACCGCUUUAAUGCAUGCCGUCCAAGUGAUGAAUUUGCUGAAGACUCUCAUAACAAAAACAUUACGGGAGCGUGUGCAGUCAGCUGGAGGGUACUCGCCCAUGUCGUCUCAUUCAUCUUAUGGGAAUUCUAGUUACACUCAUGAAGAGUUGGAUACUGGCUGUGAAUCAUCAGUGCCGCCAGCAUCAGAUGAUGAACAAUCCCACUAUGGCUAUAUCAGUGAAGACAGAGACGAAGUUGAGUCGUUGAGCGAAAUAGAAGAUUGCUUCUUGAGGCGGCUGGAUGAGAAUGAGACCGCGAAGAAUGGUUUCCGUAAACAACUAGAAGGGGUCUUGUGCAGAGAUAUCAUUAGCCCCAAUGGUGGCCCUCCCUUGAUGAUUUGCAAUUCUUCUUUUUCAUUUUCUGACAGCAAAGUAGAGAGUUCAGGAUUAAGCACAAGUGACGGAGAGGAAUCUAGAGCAAGUUCCGUUGCUUCAGGGCCUACAGUUAAUGCGCACAGAUUACCUGAAGUCUCUGCAAGCAUCAAUGGCACAUUAGAAUCUGCUGUUAUCAGUUGCCACACAGCCAAGUGAGUGCUCCAAAAGUAAAUGUGUGUUCACUAGUUUAGUACUUAGGAAUUUAUUUGUUUUCUUUUGCAAUGUUUUUGCCCGUGUGUGUUUCACAAAUACAGUGUUAGUAGUGAACUAGUCAUUCAUGUUGUAAAUUAUUAUGUCCCCCUGCUUGCUUGUGAUUGAGCGUUUUGGUCAUGCCUUGAUGCGUGCGGUUCAGUUUGGGGCUGAACUUGUAUGUGUUAAUUAGUUUUCAUCUGAUCGAGUAACAAAGAUUUUUUAUGCUCAAAACAGAAAACGAAAUUAUUGUCAAGUGUUGCGGGUUGCC